GGAGAAGCCAUUUCUGUAACAGACAGCAUUGUGUUCUGGCCGCUAAUUCAUGGGCGCAGAAAAAUCUUUUCACACUUGCAGGGGACGCAUGCGCAAAGAGGACCCCAACUGGUUUGUGUCAAGUCGAGGCAGACGGAUGUGAUCGAGCCAAAAAUCACCUGUAUUCUGGCAUUCAUGGUGACACAUCCAUGGGCUCAGAGCGGGAGGAGAUGCGUAAGAGACAGAUGCAGGUUCAUCAGGAAGCAGCUGCCAGUGUCCUCCAAGCCCGCCACAGAAUGGGAAACACCCCCACCAACGCCUCAAACGCCUGCUGCUUCUGCUGGUGCUGCUGCUGUAGCUGCUCCUGUCUGACUGUGAGGAGUGAGGACGAGACAAUUCAGAGGUCAACUUUUGAGCGUAGGACAGAGGGAACCAAUAAUUGUGAAGAAAGCCUCAAGCCCACUCUGGAAGACGCACGCUCCUGGUCAAUGUCGUUCGAGAAAGUGAUGAAAAGCGCAGCGGGUCGUGGCUGCUUCAGGCAGUUUCUGCGGACAGAGUUCAGUGAGGAGAACAUGAUGUUCUGGCUCGCUUGUGAGGAGCUGAAAAAGGAGACCAACAAGACUGUGGUGGAGGAAAAAGUUCGUCAAAUAUAUGAGGACUUCAUCUCAAUCCUUUCCCCAAAAGAGGUUAGUCUGGAUUCACGCGUUCGAGAGGUGAUCAACCGUAACAUGCUGGAGCCGACCUCGCACACAUUCGAUGACGCUCAGCAGCAGAUCUACACGCUGAUGCAGAGGGACUCGUACCCACGCUUCAUAAACUCUACGGCGUACACAGAUCUGAUGAAGAGUCUGGAGGAGCCUCCCCCCGAGCCAUAGACUCUCACACUGCCACACACUCUUUUAGCUUUCACAAAUGGCGCAUGCGUCCCACCCGAAGCAGUUUUGUGUUCCUGUUGGAGUCCUGCUAUUUAGAGAAAGACAGACAGGAAAAUGAACACUACUUAAAACUGGUCUUUAUCCAGCUGUAACUGCUGUUUAUUUACCCAUGAUUAGCUUACCAAAAUCCUUGGCGCAAACAAGAACAAAUGCUAGGUCCAGCAUCAGUUACUUGUUCGACAACAUAUCUAUAUUUUUAUAUAUUCCCUAGCGCUUGACAUUGCACUUUUCUACCUUGUUUAAUAAGGGAAAGCAUGUAUCUGUGAGCACUGCAUUUGUAUUUAGGUAUAUUGUGAGCCUUAAUGCAUAUCCAGUUCUUGUAGAAACUAGUAGGUUUUCAUUUAAUAGUAACUUAAGAAGAAGGAAAGUGCCUUGGAAUAAGAUCUUCUACACUAGCACCUUUGGUCUAACACGAAUGGUGCGACAAUGACUUCAUAUGUUGGUGCUUUCAGCUCUUCUCAAAGAUCCGUUUUUACAAAUCGAUGAGCUGAUUCCCGAAAAUAGAUCGUCUGUGUAUUUCAAUACUGUGAUAUUAGUCAUAUUCUAUUUCAUUUAAGCAAGACAGGGAGAAAUAAACUGAAUACAUGACCAUGACCACUGAUAUAUUUGUGUAUUUAAGAAAAAAAGGGAUUUAUGUGAACUAGCUAUAUGAAUUCUCACAAAUUAAAUAAAGCACAAUCGUAUGUUG